CGGGCUGCAGCUGCUAAGCCGCUUAGGGCCGGGGCUGGCAUGAGCCUCCCCGGCGGGGCGGCUGCGGGCUGCGCGCUGCGGCGGGGAGGCUGAGGGCGCGGAUCCGGAGCGGGAGGAGGCGGAGGGGGGGCCGCGCUCCCCCCGGGAAGAUGGGGAACUGCCUCAAGUCCCCCACCUCGGAUGACAUCUCGCUGCUUCACGAGUCCCAGUCGGACAGAGCUAGCUACGGAGACGGGGCUGAGCCGGAUCAGGAGCCGCCGCCGCCAUAUCAGGAGCAGGUGCCCGUGCCCGUGUACCACCCCACGCCCAGCCAGACGCGGCUGGCCACGCAGCUGACGGAGGAGGAGCAGAUCCGCAUCGCGCAGCGCAUCGGCCUCAUCCAGCACCUGCCCAAGGGCGUCUACGACCCCGGCAGGGACGGCUCCGAGAAGAAGAUCCGAGAAUGUGUCAUUUGUAUGAUGGACUUUGUUUAUGGGGACCCUAUCCGAUUUCUGCCGUGCAUGCACAUUUACCACCUGGACUGUAUAGAUGACUGGUUGAUGAGAUCCUUUACCUGUCCAUCCUGCAUGGAGCCAGUGGAUGCAGCACUGCUUUCAUCAUAUGAGACUAACUGAGCCAGGGUUUCUCUACUGAACCUUCGAGGAGACCAUCCACUUCAAUGGGUUUGAUCCUUUUGUCAUUCAGCCCAAAGAGCCAGGAAUUAGGAAUUAAGAUCAUGCACAAAGUAUACAUUUCCUAAUAAAUAAAAAAAAAAUAUUCCUGAAUGGCUGCAAAUAUUGGAAAACAUAGUAUUUUAGAGACUAUAGAAAAGUAGGUUGUUAUUUUUAAUGUAAAGCCUUGACCCACCAUUGUCUUUUAAUGUUUGUUCUUACACCCAUAUAUAGGAAUUGUGUAAAGUGUUACAGCAACUGUAAAUGUUUAAACUGCGUGUAUCCAAUUUUAUUAGCAGCAAGAUAAGAGUAUUUUUUUCCUAAAUAAAGUAACCAGUUUUGUUCUGAUUCUUUUCACAAGUCCUGGCAUUUGGGUCAAGGCUUUAUUGAAAUCUACAUUUUAUAACACUGGCACAAAGAAAUAGUUUUAAGCUUGUUUGCACAGUUCUUUUUCUUUUUCUUUUUUUUUUUUCCAUUGGAGAUGGAAUUCAUUGCCUUAGGUCUUUUUAAUAGUGUAUUGUUAUUGUUGGGCUGGCUCUAUGCUUGAAAACCAGUUUAUUUAUAACCUGUUAAAAGUGCUAUAUUUUGUUUGCAGUUAGGAAUAUGCAGACUUCAAAGUGAUCUCCUAGCUUAUAAGCAAACUGAGAUGCAUUAUCCCUUUUCUACAUGUGAUGCAGAUUAUGAAGAUAUGACACAAGUCCUGCAGUGAAACUCUGGUUUCAUGGGGUUUUUUUAUAACUUCCUUCAGUUUUGAUGAAAUAACAGUCCCUAAACUUUAAUAUGUGACCUUUAACUUGAUCAGAUUAAGAGUGGGCCAGAUGAACAAUAAAUAGUUAAGCUGCCAUAACUGAAAAAAAAAAAAAAUUGGAACUAAUCUAGUGUUAGCAUUGAUCAGUUAUUCUAUUUUUUUCUCCCUAAAAUGGUUGUCUUGGAUAAUAGCAAAUGGAUACUGCAUCUCUCGUUCUUGUAGUUCUUAGGUUAUCAGAAGUUAAGAAUAAACAUACUGUAUCUCA